UUUGUGAGUUUUGUGUCAAACAGCCGCAAAGUAGGGUCAUGGAUGAUUACUAAAAGUCCAUUGUUGUUUGAUUAAAUUUUUUUGAGAUUUCGUUUUAAAAUGAAUUUGUCGGACGAUAACAUGUUUUCUAAUGGGUUGUUAUACGUGGGAUUUAAUCAGGAUCAAGGUUGCUUCGCUUGUGGAACGGAGAAUGGCUUUAGAGUGUUUAACAGUGACCCACUUAAGGAGAAAGAACGCCAGAAUUUUGCGGAAGGUGGCUUAUCUUACGUAGAAAUGCUAUAUCGGUGUAACUAUAUGGCUCUUGUCGGCGGAGGUAAAACCCCAUUAUAUCCCCCGAACAGAGUUAUAAUAUGGGACGAUUUAAAGAAAGAUUCCGCGAUAUCGCUUGAUUUCAACAGUCCUGUUAAGGCAGUUAAAUUAAGAAGAGAUAGGAUAGUUGUGGUGUUAGAGAACUUGAUAAAGGUGUAUACUUUUACUGCACAACCACUACUGCUUCAUGUUUUUGAAACAUGUCAGAAUUCCCGUGGACUGUGUGUUGUAUGUCCGAACAGUAAUAAUGCUUUGCUUGCUUACCCUAGCAGAAAAACUGGACAUGUUCAGCUUGUAGAGUUAAGUAACCAAGCAGGAUCAAGUGAUACUCCAGAAGGUCAUCUUAUAAGUGCCCAUGAAGCUCCACUUAGCUGCUUAGCACUGAAUGUGGGUGGGACAAGAUUGGCCACAGCAUCCACAAAGGGCACUCUCAUUAGAGUAUUUGAUACAAGCAGCGGACAGAAAUUAGCAGAGCUAAGGCGAGGUGCACAUCAGGCAACAAUAUAUUGUAUCAAUUUCAAUCAUUCAAGUACAAAUCUUUGUGUAACAUCUGAUCAUGGCACUGUGCAUAUAUUCAGUUUGGAAGAGGACAAAUUAAAUAAACAAUCAACUUUGGCAACUGUUAAUUUCUUGCCAAAAUACUUCUCAAGCAAUUGGAGUUUCUGCAAAUUUACAAUACCAAAUGGCCCGCCUUGUAUUUGUGCUUUUGGGGUUGACAAGAGUUCUAUUAUUGUAAUUUGUGCUGAUGGAUCAUACUACAAAUACAAAUUCAAUGAAAAGGGUGAAUGCAACAGAGAUGUCUAUGCCCAAUUUCUGGAAACUUCUGAGGACAGAUAAAUGUGAUAAUGAUUUAUAAUUUUGUAUAGCGGUUAAUAUUGAAAUAUGGUGGUUAUAUAAUCACUUGAGAAUUUUGUAACUAAUUUCUAUUUUGAUACAAAUGGUCAAAUGUUAACUUUCACAUCACUUGCUCCACUUAUUGUUUAUCACAAAUAUUCAAAUAAAAAUUUAAUGCUUUUUUAUUUGUAAUACAAUCUUAUAUGGCCUUUUUGACCAUAUUACACAUCUAGAUUCUAAGGUCUAGAAUCUAGGCUAUUAAAAGUGGUCCAUUUAAUAUGAAAACUUGUUAGAUAUCAAAGCUUCAAUCACAAAAUAGAUUUAGGUAUGUGACUUUAUUUUCUUUUUUGUUUAAUUAUUUGUAUACACAUUUCUUAUCAAUGUUUAUUUUCUAUUAAUGUUCAGAAUUAUAUAUCAUUCAUAUUCUUUUUAUGUACCAAAGAUAAAUCAAUUCAUAAUGACAUCAUUAUAGCGACCUGCGUGAAUUAAAUAAAAAUUCAAUAUAUGGAAUUUGGUUUAGAAACAAAUUUUGUGAAAGUUAUGUUUUAACAUAAAUUGACUGAGAAGUAAAAUAUUUGAAAAUUAUUAAUAUAUUAUUAUUGGCUUUGUUUUUAAGAAGAAAAUGGCAUAGUUUGAUAAAAUAAUUGAGAAAUGUUUUAAUUUAAAAUGCUUACCUAAAUAUUUGCACACUUUGUUCACCAAAAAAAAAAUCUUAAAGUGCUUAAAAAUAAUUCCUCGACAUAUUAGCUUGUUAUAUGAAAUCAUAUGUUUUGUUAUAUUUCAUACAUUUUGUAUAUAAUUGUUGAUUGGUUAAUACGAUCAGAGAUAUUUUAUAGUGUUUGUAUAGUUAAAAAAUUUGGUAUUAUACUAAUAGAUACGUAGAUUCUCAGUACGUAUUCGUUUAAAAAUUCUGAUACGCAUUUUUCUAAUAAAAUCUUAACUAUUGAGUUUAAUAUUAGUCUAGCGACUUAAAAAUUGUAGGUACAGCUGUUACUAUUUUAUUAUUGUUCAAUUUUCCAAAACAGUUGUAGACUUACGUAUUAGAAGAAAUUUAAUAAUGCUCUUU